AUGGUUGGUAGAGUUAAUGACAUUGCAGAGGAAACAGCUGACAAAUGGGAUAUCUUUUUUGUAGAAAAGAAAAAACAGGAAGAAUUAAACCAACCCAAGAAAACAUUUAAGGACAGCACAGAGGUACAUAAUGAUAUUGCUAGCAGUAGAAACAUUGUUGAGCAACUAGUAGAAAAUGUUGAGGUUGAAAUACAAACAGAGCAUACAGAGCAACCUUUGGACAGUGGAAUGAAUAUUGGUAGUAUAGAUGCUGACACUGAGAAACUUACAAAGACAGAGAAACCAACAGAGAUACCGACAACUGAUAACACAGAGAAACCAACAGAGAAACCGACAGAGGCACAGGAUAGAGAGGAGAAGGAUAAGGAGGACGAGGAGAACAAGGAUGAGGAGGAUGAGGAGGGUAAACAGGAUGAGGAGGGUGAGGAGAAUGAGGAGGGUGAGGAGGAAGAGGAGGUCAAGGAGGAUGAGUUAGAUGCAGUUCCUCAUCACUCUGAAGAUGACACCAUAGCCCUGGAUCCACUAAGAAUUCCAUUGCAAGUGGAGACGGACCCUAUAAGGGAUCUUGAUUCUAGUCUCGAUUGUCCCAUGCCCACUGUGAAGAGACAUUAUGAGUGCGGAGAGCCUAGCGGUUCCCAAUCACAUGAGGUCCCUUUCCACCACCCUUAUUGGUGA